AUGAAUCGGUUUCUGUGCCUUCUGGCUGUGGGCCUGUAUCUGUGCUUGCAAUGCCAGGUCAAUGAAGCACAUUUGAGUCAGAACUUCAUUGAAAACACUGUGAUGGCAGCAAAGGCAAAGGUGGAUGCAGCCUAUCGUUAUUCAAGGCAACAGAGCUUGGAUCGCGUGAGAAGAAACGCACAUUACGCUGAUGUUGUGCGGCUCAUGAAGCAGCCCAGAGGAGUAUCCCGCAUUGCUGUGCGCUCUGCUGAUUACCUGGCUACUUCUUUGCAAAUGAUCACCGAGAGUCUUGAAAAGCGUCACAAGCGCUCCAUCAAUGCGACAGAUUUGAUCUCUAAGGAAAAUCUACAGGCCCUCAUUGAUCUGACAGGCUGCUCUCCACGUCAGCGCAUCCCUUCUUGUGGGACAACUCAAAACUUGCACACAUAUCGCACUGCAAGCAGUGUGUGCAAUAACAGGAAAAACACCCGCUGGGGAGCCUCCAAUACACCUUUUCUCCGCUGGCUCCCUGCUGAGUAUGAGGAUGGCACUUCUACACCUAGAGGCUGGACCCGUGCGCAAGCAGUGAACAAUCACACUCUUCCCCUGGUUAGACAAGUGUCCAACCGCAUUUUGCCAACACCUACCGCUGACGUGCAGAGCGAUCCACUCUACACUUUCCUGGUGACAAUCUUUGCCCAGUUCACUGAUCAUGACCUGACCUUCACUCCUACGUCUCCUUCCAUUGCUUCAUUCAGUGACGGCAUCGACUGUGGAAAGACUUGCACGCGCAGAGACCCCUGCUUCCCCAUUGAAAUUCCUGAAAAUGACCCCCGGUUUGGCAAUAAUUCAAAGGAUGAGUGCAUUCCUUUCACCCGCUCAGCACCAGCUUGUGGCUCUGGAAACACUGGCUUCAACUUCGGCGCAAGUACAGUCCGCGAACAGAUGAACACUCUCACGUCCUUCCUCGAUGCAGGUGAAGUCUACGGCUCAGACGAAGCCAAAGCUCGCUCCCUCCGGGACCUCACCACAGAUAAGGGUCUUUUGAGGGUCAAUGAAAAUUUUAAUGAUACCGGCCGUGAGCUUCUGCCCUUCAGCUCUAUGAGUACCAACAUGUGUGCCACUCGAGCUCGCAUUACCAAUACCUCAAAUGCGGUGGAGGUGCCUUGCUUUUUCGCUGGUGAUGAUCGCGUCGUUGAGAACACCGCACUGGCCGCUCUGCACACUCUCCUGUUACGUGAACACAACCGACUCGCACGUGCUCUGGCCUGUCUCAAUCCACAGUGGGAUGGAGAGAGACUCUACCAGGAGACUCGCAAGAUCGUGGGUGCCUAUCUGCAGGUGAUGACAUUCAGAGACUUCUUACAUCACAUUGUUGGUCCAGACUACAUUGCAAAGCAGCUGUCCACCUACCCUGGCUAUGAUGAAGACGUGAAUCCCGGGAUCGCCAAUGUAUUCGCCGUAGCUGCCUUCCGUUUUGCUCACCUGAUGAUUCAGCCUUUCAUUUUCCGUCUUGAUGAGCAGUACGAGCAGCACCCUAAAUACCCCAGCGAACUGCUGCACAAAAACUUCUUCACACCAUGGAGGAUCAUCUUUGAAGGUGGUGUGGACCCUGUCUUAAGAGGACUAGUGGGUCGCCCAGCCAAACUGAACACUCAGCAGCACAUGAUGUCUGAGGAACUGACGGACAGGCUGUUUAAGUUCUCCUCGAGGGUGGCACUGGAUCUGGGUUCACUGAACAUGCAGAGAGGAAGAGACCACGGAGUCCCUGGCUACAACAAGUGGCGCAAGUUCUGUGGACUGUCGGAGCCACGAACUCUUGAAGAGCUGGCUACAGUGCUGAACAAUACAGAUCUGGCACAGAGGCUGCUGAAUCUCUAUGGCACCCCUGACAACAUUGAUGUGUGGCUUGGAGGUGUGUCAGAGCCAUUUGUCCAUGGAGGACGAGUGGGACCUCUGUUUGCCUGCUUGAUCGCAACUCAGUUCCAAAAGAUCCGUCAGGGAGACCGACUUUGGUGGGAGAAUGAUGGAGUCUUCACUGAGGCGCAGAAAGAGUCACUGAGGCAAACAUCAAUGGCUCGUAUAAUCUGUGACAACACUGGUAUCGCUGAAGUCCCUGAAAACCCCUUCCUGUACCGGCCUCGAGGGUCUGGCUACACCCAGUGUGUUAACAUCAAUAAGUUUGACCUCAGUCCAUGGAAGGAGGGUGAUUCAGAUUCAAAUGAAUCUUCAAGUUCAGAAGAAUCUCCAGAAACAGAACUACCUUAUAUCCCUCCUGACAACCAACAGAACAUUGCUUUCUCAAUGCGACUUGGCAGCAACUCUCCCAAAGCUGGCAAUCCGAUCAUUUUCCAUGAAGUAGUCUACAACGGACAAAACAGCUACAACACUCAGAAUGGGAUCUUUACAUGUGAGGCCCCGGGUGUUUAUGAGUUUGAGUUCAGCCUUACGAUCUACCAGAACUCUGCCAAUGUGGAUCUGGUGCGCAACGGGAAGCGGAUUCUUCACUCAUUCACCACAAAGCAUACCGGUUACCUGAUGGCCAGUGGAAGCAUUUAUGUUCAGCUUGAGAGUGGUGACAAGGUCUGGCUGGUUGCUCAUAACAGUGCCAAUGGCAUUACUAGUAACAGCUACUUCAACGGACAUCUGCUAUUUGAAGUGUAG